AGUAGCUCUCGGACGCUCGGAGACAGCAUACGUUGCUCCAGUGACGACGCAACUAAUACUCAUUCACCUGUUACUGUUAACCACAGUGCUUGAAGAGACUUCCAUCUUUACAAACGUGGAGUGUUUGGACUAUAAUUUAACAUUUGUUCACUAAAACCGACCGGUUUUGAGAUUGUGUUGUAGCAGACGCCCCGGCCGCAUUUCACUGUCAGUGUUCGUACUCAUUCAUAAUAAUGAGGGACGAGCGAGCCGGCACACCGCGCGUGCGCAUCGCCGUCAUAGGCAGCUCGAGAGUUGGCAAAUCUGCAUUAAUUGUGCGGUAUCUAACAAGACGAUACAUAGGAGAAUAUCAUUCCAAUACAGACCUGCUAUACAGACAGACGGUACCAAUCAACGGCACCCCUGUGGAGUUAGAGGUGAUUGACGUCUCCGGAUCAAACUCCGACAAGUUUCCAGCGGAACAGAUACAAUGGGCAGACGCCUGCCUCCUAGUGUACGCGGUGACAGACCGCAGUAGUUUCGAGUACGCCACUGAAGUGCUGAGCGCCCUCAAACGCGCCCCAUGCAAUGGUAGCCCCGCCCACGGAGUAGCUGGCUCAUCCACGGGGAUGCCCCUUGCUCUGCUGGGGAACAAGACAGAUCUGGACCACCUUAGACAGGUGAGUAUGAAGGAAGGGCAGACUGUGAGCGCAGCCCACGGCGCUUCUUUCAGCGAGGCGAGCGUGGCGGACAACUCGGGCGACCUCUACCGGUGCGUGGACCGGCUGCUCGCGGAGGUGCGCACGCCGCAACGCACACGCAAGUUCUCCGUCACCAAGAUGCUGGGAUCACUAAUUGGCGGAGCAGCAAACAAUAGCCAAGCAAGCCGAAGCGGGUCAGUGGUGGCAUGCCCGCGCGUACCGGCGCCGUCGCGACCCCCGCUCGCGGCAGCGGCACCCUGACCGGCGUCGGCGCCCGCGCACCGCGCGCGCUGAUGCCUCGCCGGCGCCGGCGCGGUGUGGCUUGCCUGCCUACCCGUACCCGCGCGGUUCGCCGCGCCCACACCGCUCUCUGCCGCCAUCUGAAAACUAAAGAUCUCUUAUACGGAUACACUAGUAGGAAAACAUUGGGAAUUUGAUGAGGGUUUUGUCCCCAGAUGUCGGGAACGAAAUGCAAAACUGGCCCCAUAAAGUAGUUCUAUGCCUUUGAAUCAAUUAUUGAAUUAUAGCUGCAUUUUUUUUAUACGAACAAAAGGCAUUUGUUUAAGAUAUGAAGGUACAUUUCUAAUGAUAUGUAAUUAAUAAUCGUGUUCAAUAUUUAGCGAGUAUCAAAGCUUUAAGAAUAAACAUUCAGAUGGAGGCCAAGUGUUAAAAUAACUGGGGACAGAAUCGAAAUCAACAUUAACAGUCAAAUUCCUCAUUCCUGCAUUCCGUUCUGGCUGAUGUUGACAUAAUUUAUUAAUGAUUUAAAAUGGUCUCUAACCAAAGAAAUCCUAGUCUAUAAGUCAUAAUUACGUAUAUGAUUCCAGCUUCGAUGUUGCCUGCACAUGUUUAAUAGAUUUUGAAUGAAUAUUGGUUGGUUUGUGAAAUAUUUAGUGGUUGAGUAAAACUUUGACAAUAAUUGUACUGUACGCGUCUGUUGUGUUAAAAUAUACCGAUUUCAUAUAACAAGAUACGUUUAUUUAAAUUAUGUAUGAAUGUGCCAAAGAUUUUAAUGUGUUUGUAAUUCAAAGAAAUUUAUAUGUGGUUAAAUUAAACUAAAUAUCUCUCAGUCCACUCAAAGUAAUAUAAACUCAUACUGUAUAUAUUGAAAUGUUCGGAAAUUGGCUCUCCAUAGCUAUCUAGUCAUAAGAAAUUUAUAAUACAAAAAUUAUGUUUGUAUAGGCUGAAGAUUGGAUUCUGUUCGAAAGUUGACAAAUUAUAUUGCUAUUAAUCAAAUGGCCUAAAGUUUACUAUAUGUCGAUUUUCUACUUUUACACAGUAUUAUUAAAUUAAGUCUCCAAUAGGUUAGGUGUUACUUAAUAAUAAAAGCUCUGUGAACAUAAUUUUUGUUAUAGCCAAUUUGGUCAUUGUAAAUAUAUCAUCGAAUUCCCCAAGACUUACAUGGAUAUUAUCGAAUUCUAAUCUAAAAUGAUACUUAUUUGUUAAACUUAUAAUUACCGUUACUGAUAAAAAUUACUUACUGUUUCAUAACUUUGAUGUUAACUCUAAAUAGAAAUAUUCUAAUGAUAUAAUAGCUCAGAAUAAUAAACCUUGUAUUUAAAUUUCAAUCAACUAUAAAUUUCUAUGUGUAGCGAAGUAAAUAUUUGAUCUACAAACAAAAUAUUUAAAAUGGUUGUUGUACUUCGAAUGAACUUUUAGUUAUCUUCUAGUCAUAGGAUAAGGGCUGUGAGCUGGUCACUGGAUAGUUCGAAGAACACAAACGUUUUGGAAUAAUGCAUAAAAAAGCGAAUUAUGCUGAAGCGAAACCAUAUUUAAAAAUGUUACUGUAAACAAAAAUACAUUAGCCUUUUAGGUUCAUUUUAAAUUAGAAAGAAAAUAGACUUAGAAGAUUUAGAAAAAUCAAAUCAAUACCUACUCAAACAAAUUUGCUUUUUAGUAUAAAACUGGAUACAUUUUGCAUUGUAAAACUGUUGCAUUGUAAUGUAAAAUUGUCUAACCCAUAUAGAUUUUAAUAAUGCUGUUUUUUUUUGUACCGAUUAUAUGUACAAAGUACACAUUUAUAUGAUUAAAACUUGUAGGUAAAUGCUACAAUUUAUGUAUCGGAAAGGGGAAAGAGUGAAUGAAAUAAUAUUAUGCUAUUAGCAUUGACAGGAAAGUGGUUCAACAAAAAAUAUCAACAAAAUAUUUUUAUGACUUUCCUUAACUGAAACGCUUGCCUUUACAAAAAAGCAAACAGUGAUUAUAAUCGCUUGUAACUCUUAUAAAAAAGAUGUUAUGCAGACUAAAUUGAAGUCGGAACUGAUUGGGAUAAGUUGUAAAUAAAUUUGAAUUGACUAGCUUUAAUAUGAUUAAAUUAAAUAUUUCUUAAUAUAAAUAA